AUGGUGUUUCCGGAGCUGCGUUCUACAGAAAAUUACGCCAUGAAGAAUCCAGCCAUAACUUCAGAUCUCAGCCAGUUGUCGUUGUGUUUUUUUAUCAAACUUGUUCAAGACCAAGGGGAUCAGAUAGUCGUCAGCUAUGCCAGUGAAGAUAGCAAUGACAUGACUGUCGAAAUUUAUCCAACGCGAACAGAUUUUUAUGUUGACUUCAAGUUGUUCCGGUAAUGCUGCAUAUAUUUUUUCGAAGUCGGUUGGGGAAUUUUUUAUUCGAGUCAUGAUAAGUCAUGUUACAGGAAAUGCUACGAUUGGCUUCUUCCUAAUGCUUGGAGAGAGAGAGAAAAUUGAACAUACAAACAAACGAAAAUCCUUGGCUUCUUUCUCUUUACUUAUCAUAGAUAGUCGUCAGCUAUGCCCGUAAAGAUAGCAAUGACAUGAUUUUCGAAAUCCUUCCAACACCAACACGAGUUUAUGUUGGCGACAAUUUGUUCUGGUAAUGCUGCGUAUAUUUUUUAGAAGUCAGUUGAAGAAUUUCUUAUUCGAGCCACAAUAAGUUAUUAUACAGGAAAUGCUACGAUCGACUUCUUCCAAACGCUUGGAGAGAGAAAUUUAAACAUACAAACAAAGGAAAGCGUUAAGCUUCUUUCUCUUUUUUAUGAUGAUUGAAAAACUAAAUAUGUUAAUCUUUGACCGAAACAAAUCUAGAUGUAUUUUCCUGUUGCAAUGCAAAUAACUAUUCGGGUCCUUUUUUAAAAUAUGAUUUAGAUCACUCUGCUCAAUAGGGCUCAACAGUCGUCUUUAAAGUGACGAGGACUCGCUUAUUACGGUUCUGGCCAUAAAAGGAUGAGGUUUCUUAACCGACUCGGCUUUCAAAAUAGAAGCUCAGAUGAUACGUUGAUUUAAACAUUUUAUAAGUAGAGAAAGAUGUUUUUCGUCUUGUCACAAGCGUAAGACAAAGAAAAAAAUUCUGAGUUCCCAUGAGGAAUCGAACCUCAGACCUUCGGAUUCCGCGUGCUGAGCCACAGAGAUUCUACAGUGAGUGAGGUCUCUAUUUUAUAAGUAAUUGCAUGAAUAAGAAAUUGCCUGAAUGAAUGAAAACACUGAACAAAUCGAAGCUUGAAUGUAUGAAUGAUUAAGUCAUUGAUAAACGAUUGAUUGACUGACUGACAAGCCACUUACAUAAUACUAUAAACUGACUGACUACGGACUAUCAGACUGAAUAACUCUCUUGACUAACUUAGUGACAAUGAAAAAGGAAGGUCUUGAAUGACCAAAUAUAUUUUAUAUUGUUUGCUUUUUGUCUUGUUUUUUGUUUUGUUUUGUUUUGUUUUGUUUUGUUUCGUUUAUUGUUGUUGUUGUUUUUUUUUUUUCAGUUUUACCUCGACAAAUCUCUACGAUGAUACCUGGCAACACCUGUGUCUCACCUGGGAAAACACUCAAGGAUUAACGAAACUUUAUAAAGAUGGUCAAUUUACAGAACAGGUAACGAAUCAUGCCACUAAGAAUUACACACUUAAGGCUGGCGGCUUCCUGGUGCUUGGACAAGAGCAAGACUCUUUUGGCGGAGGUUUUGAUCAUAACCAAACCUUUCAUGGCCGAUUGGCAAGUGUCAACAUGUGGGAUAAAGUUCUGUCCGAAAGCGACAUUGCCGCUCAGUACACAAAUUGCAGCGUACCUCAUGGUUCUGUUAUUAACUGGUCUGUAUUCAAAAAUCUUACUCAUGGCAAUGUUGCAGUUGAAGAGCCGUGA